AUGGCCAAUUCUUCUUCAACCAAUCUUGAAAGCACUCAAGACUUCCCUCCUUUCCUCCGCAUCUACAAAAAUGGCAUCAACCCCGUAGCAAUCGCCUACGACGCCCUCAAAUGGGUCGCCUCUCAUUCCGAUGGAGGCGGCCCAGAGCAAUGGCUCAACGAUCAUGCGGACUGUAGCUCUGUGUUUCUGGUAGGGAACAGCGCAGGGGCCAACAUAGUCCACCGAGUGGCAAUAAGGAAGCGGUUCUGGAAGCUAGAUUGCCCGACUUCAACGGAAGGGCUGGAUGACCCGUAUUUGAACCCGGCUUUCGACCCGGACAUGGCCCGGUUGGGGUGUUCGAAGGUGCUUGGUAUGUUGGCGGGGAAGGAUUUAUUGAGGGAGAGAGGGAAGUAUUACUGCGAGUUGUUGAAGGCGAGCGAGUGGGAAGGAAAGAUUUGCUCCUUCAUAAAUAAUUAG